AUGUCUUCGUCGGACGUGAAGCACCUGGCGGAUCCGAGUAGUCCCGGGGCCGGGCGCUUCACAUUCGUGAUCAAGGGAAAACCAGAGCCAUGGACUAAGUUCAGGAAGCGCGCGAGCGGGGAGAAGGACGUGCCGGAGCCUGAGAACGAGGCGUACGUCGCCUACGAGAUACGGUUCUUCAUCGAUCCCUACGAGCUCGAGCCACCGAAGCGCAAGGCGAACACCGUCGGCGUGGAGCGCUCUAACGGGACGAUGAUGUUGUGGCACACGUACGUACCGGAAUCGCAGAGGGGUAAGGGAAUAGCGGAGAUAAUCGUGGAGGAGGCGAUGGAGUGGGCGUCCGCGAACAGCCUCAGCGUCGACUCUUCGUGCUCGUACGUCAACGAAACCUUCAUGAAGAGGCCGCACAACAGACAAAGGUGGAAGCACAUAAUGAUCCGGGACUAUUAG